AACGCUUGAAAGAUAUGGUACGCGUAUUGUUCACAUAUAAUGUGAUAAUUAAAAAACUUCGUUUUCACAAUGAGAAAUAACAGUCUUAAGGAACUUUUGGAUCAAUUUGGCUUGCGCAUCAAGGAGUACAUAGUAAAUUGUCCCAAGCAUCCAUUGGAUGGGGAUGAAUAUUCACCUUUGUUCAGACACGGUGAUAACUAUAUAACAAUUCUUUUUCUGAGCUACAGCUGUUUCGUUGGUUACCCCGACGAAAUCCGCAAAGAGCUCAAGCAAUCGAAAUACAUUGGCUAUUCGUGUAUAACCGUUCUACUAAAUACCGACUGCGAUUGUCGCAGCAUUAUGUUGCAGAAUGUGCUUAGUGCCAUGAAGUUGAAUCCACAUCUGCGACAUAAAUCCAAAUUAGUAUUGACCACUUAUGUUGUGCAGGAGAAAUACCGACGGAUGAGUCAUAGGCGACAUGACAUCUACACCUUUUUCAAAAAGUAUUUUAAAAGAUUGGAUAAAAAUGGGGUGAAGUGUUCGAGAAGCGGGCUGUUACACCCGAAUUUAGAGAGUUUUGAUGAUGUGGAGCAGAAAGACAACAAUGAAUUGAACGGUGUUGAUCUAACAAAAUAUCGGCCCAAGCCCAAGAGUGUGAAAAUUAAAAACGCAACCAGCAAUGAUCGUCAUAUCUUGAGGGACCAUGUUAUCUUUCAUCACCUCAAUGUGGACAAUGCGGUGUUAAUGCAGUGCUUCAUUAACGACCCCUUGGACAGAAUGGCAGAAACAAUGUUUCUAAAGACCCAGGUUCUUGACGAUCCUAUGCGUUCGAUGCAGCAGGUAUUGAUGGAAAACGAUCAAAUUUUGGGCUAUUUUCGCAUAAUACAGGCCUCUACAAACACCGAUUUCUACUUCUGCAGCAUCAACCCGGCCUUUGCAAUAAUAUGCAACAACUACUACUUUACUAAUCAACCUGAAAAGAAGUGGCGCAAGGGCAGCGAGCAGGAUGUCAAGCGAAUUAUAAGGACUCUAAAGAUUGAGGGAAUUUCUCAUAUAAUCAUUCAGGACUGUCAACGCGACAAAUUGCAACGAAUCAUUGAGUAUUUCGAAAAGUUAGACUGCAGGAUUUUGAAAAAUUUUCUUUUCUUCUUGAUGACACAUGGACAAGCGAAUAAUGUCGUUGAAACACCAGACGAUACACUGGAUUUCCGAAAGGACAUAGUAAAUCGUAUUGCCGCCAAUCCAUCGCUUAAAGAUACAAACAUCACUAUGGUAUUGAACGCCUGUCGCGGAGACAUUGAUCCCAUAUACGCCGAUUAUUUUGAUAUGGAAGAAUUUAAAUACUCCAGUGGUCAAGACAAGGAUUUGCCUCCAAAUGUGGCUGUUAUGAAUAGUGUCCCCGAUGGUAUGGCCAGUCUGAGGUGUGAGAGACAUGGCAGCCCUUAUAUCAUUAGCCUCUGCAAAAACAUUCAUAAGAAUAGCGAUUGCCGCAAGAUUACCAAGCUAAACAAUCAGGAUCUUUUGAAAGACGAGAUGCUAAGUGAUUGGAAAGAAAUUGCCGAAAUUGUUUUAUUUGAUAAGCACAAAGAACACCGCAUUGACAAGGAGCCGUUUAAGGCCCCACCCAUACUAGAUUUAAUGUUGAAAAUUGUACAUGAUUUAGAGGAGUUGGGCAUAUUCAAUCGCAAUGAGGAAUCUGGUCGCCAGGCAAAGCCUUUAUUCUAUCGAAUUAGACGAUGAGCAAUGUCCUCUGGACAAUGAAGAAUGUCUCGAUAAAUGCAGAAAGAUUU